CUCGACGCCGGGAAUAUGGAAUGAUAGAGCAGCGAUGGGCUUCUAGAAAUUCUUUCCGAGGCGGUCGUCGCCGGGUUUGAUUGAUCUGAAUUGGUCCCGCUGUGUCCAUCUCUCUGCCCCUUUCCAUUACUCCCCCUCCCUCCCCCCCUCGCUCUCCUCCCCCUCGCUCUCCCCCUCGUGUCGGAUACCGGGUGCGGCGGCAACAUGAAUCCUAAAAUCAUCCACCUGCCCGACGGGCAGAACUUCACCGUGAUUCCCGUCUUUGCCGGACUCUUCUUCAAGUCUCACGAGCUCAACACCCACCCCAACGCGUUUCCGAUUGGAUGGACCGUUGUCCUCCACACCGAUGACGGCGACGACCGCGGCGACGAGAAGCCCACAGCGCCAGACGAUGGCAUGGACGAGGACGGCGGCGGCGGCGGCGGCGGCGACAGUCCCAAGUGGCACAGGCCGUACACGCACUCGUUUACGAAGCCAACCCUCCACAGUGACCACCUCUUCAUCUCGUCCAUCUCGAAUCCCUCCAGCAACGACUUCAAGCCCGCUGCCAGCCCGAGCCGGCAGAUAGCCAUGAUGCUCUGGGUCACGCUCUACUGGUACUUCCACCAACCCGUGCCCCACGCGACACUGGACACGGAAGCCUCGCGGGGCACGCCCGAGGCAGGCAAACCGCGCGGGGAGUGGCGGAUACACAUCAAGAGGGACGGCAUGUUUCGUGGACGGAACGUGCUGCCGAAGCUGGAGCGCAUGGGGCUGAUUGCCAGCCUCGACUCUACCGUCGGCACCACGAUCGAGGACAGCGGGGAAGGAUGGUCGCACAUGUUUGCAUCCCAGAAGAUGUUUUGGCAGAUCCCCGCCCGCCUCUUCCUCUUCACGCUACAGCCCACCACCAGAGGCACGCCCUCAUACCAAGCGUCCCCUGUGACCAGCCGCCCGGGCUCGCCUACGCGCCUGCCCUCGCCGCUCCCGGGCCAGGCCGCCGACGUCCCCGGCGCGUCGACUGCGGUCACCUUCGCCAGCAUGCCCUCGAUCCCCUCGGGGCCCUUCUUCAGCACGAGCCACCUCCCAACCUACUACCCGCCAGCCCCGACGCAAUACACGACGACGAAUCAGCUCCGCCACCCGAUCCGGCCGAAGCCGCCCCGCAUGGGCGAGGUCUUCUACACGCGCUUCGUCCCCUCGGCCGGGCAGUACCUCUCGUUCCGCGUGGCCUCGCUCUCGGCCAAGCCCGUGCCGUACAUGGGGCCCGUAGGCCCCCGGCCGCCGGUACACGCCCACCUCGGCCUCAUGAGCGACACGUCGCUGCUGCAGAUGUGGCUGGCCAACCCGCGGGUUCGCGCCUUCUGGGGCGACUACGUCCCCGACUUCCUGUCCACCGCCCUGUCGUCGGCCCACAGCUUCCCCGUCAUCGGCAUGUGGGACGGCGUGCCGUUUGGCUACUUUGAGAUCUACUGGGUCAGGGAGGACCCGCUCGGCCGCCUCGCCGGCGCCUCGGCCGCCGACGACUGGGACCGCGGCUUCCACGUCUUCGUCGGCGAGGAGUGGGCGCGCGGCCGCGUCCAGCCGUGGCUGUCUAGCCUCGUGCAUUGGGCCUUCUGCGCCGACUAUCGGACCAUGAGCAUCUGUACGGAGCCGAGGGUCGAUAAUGCGAGAUUCAUCCAGCACCUCCAGUUUACGGGCUUCUCGAAGGAGAAAGAAAUAGCAUUCCCGCAUAAGCAAGCUUGGUUCGGGCGUCUGAGACGAGAAUCUUGGGCCGGCCCGGCAUUUUGACGACAAUAAUUGGAACUGUGGGCUGUUUCUGGGGCCUGUGUGUCAACGUCGUCCUUGCCUUGCCCCUUGGAUAAGAUGGGGCGUCGAAUGGGAAAAGGCAAGAGUGGAAACUACGCCGAGCUGCAAUAAACAAGCUAUAGGCAACCGCAUCACGGCUCUAUGAGGCCUUCGAGCUAACAAUGAACCGAGCUUCCGGCAGGCUCUCUCUCCUCCACA